ACGUGAACGAGGUCAGAUGACGACGGUGUGACCCAGUUCUGACACCUGCCUGGUACAAAUCCGUCGUAAUCACAACUCGAGUGAGCUGAAUGAAAAUGGCGACCGUGCUCCUCGAAUUUAUAGACCUACACACUCUCCUGGUGUCACUGGUGGUGUUAGCUGUGUCAUAUUACCUGUUCUGUUCCUCGUCACACGAGCUACCCCCGGGGCCUCGAGCCUGGCCAGUUAUAGGUAAUCUAUUGGACAUUGGGAAGCAUGGACGAACCAAAGUGCAUUUGUAUUAUGCGGAGAUGCAGAAAAAGUAUGGGAACGUGUACAGGAUAUAUUUCGGGAGUUCCAUGAUGACAGUUGUGAAUGGCUAUGGGCCCGUGCAUGAGGUGUUGGUGAAGCAAGGGGGCUUGUUCAGCUACCGUCCGAUUUGGUUGUACGGUCCGCAACAAGCAACAAAGAAAGGGAGAGGAAUCAUAUGGGGGGACGGAGAAGAAUGGCGACAGUUACGUCGAAUGACCCUGAGGGCAUUGCGUGACCUUGGCGUCGGUAAAUCUCCCUUGGAGGAACGUAUCACGGAAGAGAUACAUUGUUUAAAGGAUGUUCUUACAGACCUAGACGGACAACCAGUGCAGAUCCGAAAAAACUUGACACGAUCUGUUGCCAAUGUCAUAUACAGUGUACUGUUUGGUUCAAGAUUUGAGUAUGAUGAUCCGACGUUCAAGUCUCUCAUAGACGCCACAGACAACUUGUUCCGUACGCAGGGUGCAACGUCGGCCAUCAAUGCUAUUCCAUCCCUUAGGUUCCUCCCAUUCUUCGGAAAGUUGCUGCGGCCGUACAUUGAAGGCUCCAACAAGAUCUCUGCGUACGCUGACUCACGCAUUGAAGAACAUCGACAGACCUAUCAGGAAGGCGUUGAACGGGACUAUGUCGACACCUUCCUUAAAUACGAGGCUGAGAAUCCCCACUCCACGGUCUAUACAGCUGGGAACAUGACGCGGUGCAUCAUGGAUCUAAUCCUCGCGGGGACCGAGACAACUUCCGGAACAUUAGAUUUCGGAAUCCUAUACAUGAUAAAGUACCCGGAUGUUCAACACAAGUGCCAGAGAGAAAUAGACAGGGUGGUGGGAUGCGGGCGGACAGUGCGAGUCUCCGACAGACCUUCCCUCAUCUACACUGAAGCCACGAUGAUGGAGAUACAGCGCAUGUCGUCUAUUGCUUCUGCCGCCGUACUCCGCACAAGCCCCUGGGAUACCUGGGUAGGGGGAUACCGCAUCCCCCGGAACACCCUGGUGUACACCAGCAUCUACUCCGUGCUGCACGACCCGGAGCUGUGGGGGGACCCCCAUAUCUUCAAGCCGGAGAGAUUCAUUACCCCCGAAAGGGAGAUAAUUUACCCUGGUCCAUGGAUUCCUUUUGGUGGAGGUCCUCGGAUGUGUGCAGGUGAGAUUCUGGCGAGGAUGGAGCUGUUUCUGUUCUUCUCCAACUUGCUGCAGAGUUUCCACUUCUCCAAGGUCGGCAACAUUGACCCUGACAUUGACCCCGAGUUUGGGAUGACCAUGACCCCAAAGCCAUACGAGGUUGAAGUUCUGACUAGACUCUGAUGACAAGGCCUAUACCUUCAACAUCAAUGCUGCUUAAGCUGUUCCUUCUGCAAUGGCUAUUGACUGAGGAGGAUUGUGGCCUGAAGAGACCUGUACAAUGUUUGUAAUUAGGUCAUGGUUCAUCGACUGGUAUGGACACCUGUGACCUAUGGCAGCCGUACACGUGAUACAAGACUUUCCAUUUAAGCCAAACUGCGUUGAAGGGUUAGAGUGUCAAUUAUUUGUUAAGCCCUAGUCUUGACAAUCUGUACAAAUUCCAAGUCAUUUGACCCAACCCGUUAACUGAAUAUCGGAGUUCAACUGUAUAACUCAUAAUCAAAAAUUACAAACAAAUACAGAUUUUAAAUAUAUUUCACUAGCCAUUCAGGACUAAUUCAAUGAAACGACUAAAUCAAAACAUCAUUGAUUCUAAGCCAUGCAUUACUGGGCAUUAGAAGGCUGCAAACAGAAACGGCUGUGAGUGUCUGGUUUAAUUUGUAGAAUUACUAACAAACUCAGACAAAAAAAUAUUUGUUAUGGUUCGAAUCCUAGUGUUGUCUCGAUUAAAAAUCUUGAUCUAACAGUACGGCCUUCAGACACGGUGCUGCAUAACUAAAAUAAUGUUCUGAAUGUUAUAUAUCACAAACAAUCAGGGUGCUGACAUUGUCCCGUCUUUCCAGGAAAGGGAGUUAACUGGCUUUAGUUUCCACCUUUACUAUCAGUUAACUCCCUUGCCACGGGAAGAAGACAUUGCCUGGCUCCCACAGGAGAUACGGCUUGGGUGUGAUCAUGCGAUUUAUUACUUGCCCGUGAAGAGAUCACCCGUUUAAUAAACAUACAGCUGUAUUACACAUUGUGUAAUACCAAAACGCGUGCUUAUGUACUCUCUGAACACGUUUCACGAACAAAUAUUGAAAGCU